AUGGCAGAGCGUUGCUCCCAUGAGCAAGGAGUUGGUAUAGCUGCCCUUAACAAAUUGCUCUACGCUGUUGGAGGACGCGAUGGAAAUACGUACUUGAAAAGCGUUGAGAGGUUCGAUCCCACUACUGAAGCAUGGUCGAGUGACAUAGCUCCAAUGUCCCACAACCGAUCUGCACUUGGCGUUGCCAUGCUUGACGACUUCAUUUAUGCAGUGGGCGGAACGAAUGGCACAGCUCUGAGCGUUGUUGAACGCUAUGAUCCUCGACAAAAUCAGUGGACCAGAAAGGCAUCCAUGGGUACAUGGCGAUGUGCUCUCUCUGUUUCUGUGCUCAAUGGCUGUUUAUACGCAGUUGGAGGAUGGCGUGGAUCACCUCGAAGUACUGUGGAGAGAUUUGACCCACGAGUUGGUAAAUGGGAAUAUCUUCGCACAAUGACAACCUGUCGAGCAUAUUUGGGAUGUGCCGCGUUGGAGGGGCAUUUGUAUGCAGUAGGAGGGCAACAAGGAUCAACAUAUUUGAGUUCAGCUGAAAAAUUUAAUCCCCUCACCAACGAAUGGACCGCAGUGGCUGACAUGAACGAGAAACGAUCUGGUGUAGCUCGGCCGUUUUCAAUGGAAGGCUAUACGCUGUCGUGGGCAUAA